UUUCCAUACCCAGCCCCACAGAGUAAUGAACCUACUAAGACGCUGAAAAGUCUCAUAAAUAUACGAAAAGAUUCUUUUCGACUGAUCAAAGAAAGUAGAUGCACAGCUGAUGAUGAAACUGAGGAAACACCCAAUAAUUUAUAUAACAUGGAGUUUACUUUUGACUGUGAAGCUAAAGUGGGAAUUACAAUAUAUUACUUUGCAUCUGAAGAUAUUGCAAAUGGAAAAAUAUCUUAUAUCCCAAAGGAUUCCAGUCAUAAAUCAGAAACUUUUUAUUACAAGAGAGGUGCCAAUCAGCAAUUCAAUCAACCGGCUUAUACUAUUGAUCCGUCUAAAUUUAAUGAAAAUGAGUUCAACUAUGAUCCCACUAGAGACCUUAUACCGUUAGUAAUACAGUGUACUGUGUCAGAAUCGGGUGAUGAGUAUGCUGGCCACUCGCAUGUUUUACUUGCAACAUUUGAGAAAACUUCAGAUGGGACAUACAAUGUCAAACCACUUAAACAGAAACAGAUGGUGGAUGGGGUUUGUUAUUUACUGCAAGAGAUUUAUGGAAUAGAAAACAAAAAUGCUCUGGAGAGUAACAAAUUGUUAGAAGAUGAUUUUCCAGACGAUAAUGGUUCUGAGUGUGUCAUUUGUAUGUGUGAUCUUAGAGAUACAUUAAUUUUACCGUGUAGGCAUUUGUGUCUUUGCAGUGGUUGUGCGGACUCUUUGAGAUACCAGUCUAGCUGCUGCCCCAUAUGCAGAGCACCUUUCAGAGCUUUACUUCAGAUUCGUGCUUUGAGAAAAAAAAGCAGCAGUGUACCAUCACCAGACACAGAUGACAAUUGGGUAUCUCAAGAGAAUGUUCCACCUGGUUAUGAAGCAAUACCAUUAGGUGAAGCUUUGAAUGGUCCACAAGCUUUACCACCACCAGUAUUAUCACUUGCCGCUGAAGGUGGAACUGGAACUACACGAAGUUCUGAUAGAAAUGAUUAUGCAAAUGAAGGUAGAACAAGGAGAGGACGAAG